AGGAAAACUGGAAAAUGGUUCAUCUUUAACAUCUUCUUGCUGAGAAAGUGCAUGUGGUGCAUCGAGAUCGAUCCACCUAACAAUUGUAAGGUCGUCUUUUCUUUCGUGGAGGUCGUGGAGGUGGACUUCUAUUUAAGUAUUUUUCUAAUAGUACAAAAAGAAAAAAUGACGCGUGUUGCUGCCAAAAAUAGGCUCUUCUUUCGAAGGAACUCGAAAAUAAGUGACCUCGAAGGCGGCCAAGAAAAGCCAAGCACUCUUAGUACAGCUGGAGAGGAUGUCGUGGAGGCGAGUGCUGAAGCUGCACGUGCUUGCGAAGAAGGCGAAAGUCAGAGAACGACGCCAGGUAGAGCAAGUGGAAGAGCUGCUCUUUCACGUUCACCUCCGUGUGAGGAUGCCAGCACAUCAAGCAGAGGAGCUCCCUCAUUGUCCUCAAGAUUCCGAGACAUAAUCGGGGGUCUAGCAGCGAAGAAAUAUCACUCCGAUCAUUACCUUUCUGCAAACUCAAUCACGUCUGCAGAUCAUCACUUGGGGGUUGCACUUAUGUCGCUGAAGAUUAUCACGACAGUUAUUCAAAUUCCAAAACCAAAUAGAGCUGCAAAUGGAAAAGAUUCCGUCGACAUUGAUUAGGGGGAAAAGCGUGAUCAUAGAUAAGUCCUCAGAGUGCGGAAGUCCUCUAAAGUCCUCUAAAGUCCAGGUCCACAACUGCUUUGUUUUUGCGUAGCGAAUCGUAUUUACAAGUACUUAUGUAACUUUUACUUUGGGCAAAGCCAUCUUCUUCACGAGGUCCUCUCCAUCUAAUCCCUACCUCCAAAGUCAACAGGUGUCGAAUCAAAGUGUUGAACGCGCGGGACGCAUUUUGACUGUUAUAUCUUUUCUCAGUCCUUUUCUGGUGUGGAAAUAUAUCAAGGAGCUGGCGGGCAAGCAUACCAUGGACAUUGCAAAGAGACGGAACUCAAGGCGUGAAGGGAGAGGUCGUGCUGGUAGAGCAGGUGGAGCUGCCAGGAGAGGUUCUUUUCGCUUUGGCUUUGAAUCGGAUUUUUCAAUAACUCAAUUCUUAUGUUGCGUGGAAUUGGAUAGUUUUAGUUGGGAGGGAUUAGGAGCAGUAACUAAAACUAAAUAGAAGAGGGUACGUGUACGUGGAGCAGUAUACUUUAGAAGGGAGGGUACGUACUACGUAGGCUAGUAAUAAAUCGUAGAAGGAAUUAGCGAAGUCCAAUACCGUGGUGCAUUAGGACGAACAGUGCAUGAUCUAUCAUCAACUGUAUUUGCAGGAGCGGAAGGAGGAGCAGCACGAGCACACCCUAGGACACGGCGAGUGAGUAGAACUGAUAGCUUGCCGCGGUAUAGUACUAAUCCUUAAGGCCGCAUGCUUCUGUUUUUUACUCGAGUCACACACACAGUCACAACUUGAUCUAUGAAUCUUGGUCUACUUCUACUAGGAAUAACAAUAAGCGCCCCUCUCGACGACCUCUAAGUAGCGAUAGCACAACAUCAAGAUGAUGAGGACGCUGCUUCCACUGCGUCUGCAGCAGCCGCAGCUGGACCAUUCAGAUCUAGGGCGACCAUGAUGCCACAUGUGGAGGCGGGGAUAAUUCAAGAUGCGGGGUUUGUCGCACAAGGAGGAUCCGGAUUAGAAGAUGAUUGGAGGACCACUAGCACUAGCACUGCUAGCUCAACAUCUUCUUUGUUGUCUCGUUCAUCUGCUUUGACCGGACAGCAAGAGCAACUACUUAUAUCUAGAGGAGGUAGUACAGAGUCUACUUCACUCCGAUCAACAUCGGGAUUAGGCACAAGAGGAAGUUCACGUUCAGGCACGACUCCUUCUAUGAGUUCAUCCGGUGCCAGCUCAGUUGUAUCGCGAGGAUCAUCUUAAGGCAGGGGCCUAAUUCAUGAUCAUGUUGUCCCGUUUAGCACGGCGGACCUAACGGCGAGACAAAAGCAAAACAGCUCCAACAGUAUGUCAGCUAGUUUCCCUUCAAGACAUUUCUGUAACGAAAUUUUACUACUAGGUGAAAUAACAUGUUAGGGAGCUGCAAAAUAAAUCGCAAAGUUGCUAAUCUUGGCACGCGCUCUAAUCAAAAUCAUUCGCGACACCUCUUCGAGGCAGACUGCCUUCACAGUGAACAGAUUCCUUUGUCGGAGGACGAAAAGGAAAGCCAACUGGUAGAGGAAGCAGUUCUUCUGCAGAUAUUGGUGCUCUUUGAGCAGGUCUCGGAACAACAGCGUCCAUCGCUGAACGGUUUCUCCGUUCUGUGACUCUAUGAAAGAAUAUCUAAUGACGCUACGCUUAUCCAAAUUUCUACAAAUCCUACAACUAGGUCGCGAGUUAUAAGGUUCUCGACUCCUUUUGUUUUUAGAUUGCAUUCUGAUUUCCGAGGAAGAGGAUAAUUGCAUUUUGGCAUAGGCUGGAUUCCCGGAAUGAAGACGAGUAAGUUAGUACCAGUCGGCACUCUUGUUUGUGUUUCUUACAUGUCGUUGUUGAUCUUUGUCUUGUCGUGUCUUUGCAUCAUUCUUAAACUCUUGAGCGAAAAACUGCCGUCGUGUCUUCAAUGCAGUUGUAACUGAGAAUUCUGAUAUGGAUGUACCAUUUUUUGUUUUUCAACCAUGAUUAAGAUUUAGAACAGGGACAGGCAUCAACAUUCAUGAAACAUUCAACACGAUCCGUAUAUCAAGCCAAUUUCUGCAUGAACAAAAGAUUAGGACUACUGAUGUGUGAUGCAACAAGCAGAGACUUCCCUCUGAGCAAUCACGAACAGGUGAUCUUGUCACCGUGUUUGGAGUAAAAUCAAGUCGAACUGGCACCAGGACAGACGUGAAAGUAGACAUUGAAAGGAAAAUCACGAC